AUGCCGACACCUACCUGUCCAAAGUGCGGGAAAGUCUUCACCAAGGACUCCAGCGUCACUCGCCAUCUAAGUCAGCCUCGUACAUCUUGUCACAGUUCCAUUCGUGACAUCAUCAACAUCUUGGAAUUCAUGGACGUAGUUCCACCGCAGCAAUCCCUCGAUCUACCUCAGAAUUUGGAUACUAGUAGUGUUGGUAUGGGUCAGGGAUUUGGGGUUGGGGAUGACUCACAAUUCAAUGCUCAGGCUGGGGAUUCCAUGGAUACAAACUUAGAUGGAGACCUUGCAGGAAAUUCACCUCUGAUCAAUGAGGAAUGGUAUGAGGGUGCAGCCAGGUGCUAUUCUCAGGACAGCAACACAUUUCUGGAUCUUUUCGAUGCCGACGAGCAUGCAGAAUACAGGAAGGAGAAUCUGUUCUAUCCAUUCGCAUCGAGGGAAGAGUGGGAGGUCACCGACUUCCUCCUGCGUUCUGCCCUUAGCAUGGCAGCAAUCAACAAUUUUCUGCAGCUCUCUAUGAUAAAACACUUACAACUAUCGUUCAAAAAUGCCAAAGAUUUGCGGAGUCAGGCUGAAAUGCUGCCAAAGGGACCAAGCUGGAAAUGCCAACUCAUUCCCUCGCUCCAUGGCACAAAGAGCCCAAUUCGACUAUUUUGGAGGGACCCGGUCGAGUGUUUGGAGAGUCUCUUCAGCAAUCCUCUCUUUCACGACAAACUUGACUUUAUCCCUCGUGAUGCUGCUUGGAAUAUUCAGGAUCAACUGCCCCAAGGCACAACAAUCCUUGGCACCGUGCUUUUGUCUGACAAGACCAAUGUCACGAUGAUGACAGAUGCCAGGGUCACACACCUGCUUCUGCUAGGCCUUGCAAAUAUUUGCAUGCGCACUCGUACAAAGCUCUCGUCCAAGGCCUUCAUGCUUGUGGCUCUCCUCCCUAUCCUGCAGUACUUACACCCUAAUCAACGAAUGUGGGGUAUGCUCGAGGAUCGUCUCAUCUAUGAAUGUCUUUCAAUCGUUUUGCAGCCCUUGAUGAAAGCCACCAAACUUGGAAUUAUGAUGUCUGACCCAGUGAGAAACAUCCGCCACUGUUUUACCCCCCUUGCUGCAUACAUUGUUGAUACUCCCGAGGCAUGUAUGCUCGCAUGUGUUCGCGGUAAAACUUCUCCAUUCACACUGGUGUCGUACCUGCAGUUCGGGGACAACUUUUGUCACCCUGCACGUACACGUGCCAUCACUCUCGAGCAGCUUGCCAAUGUUGAUGUCGAUCCCAACAAUCUUGAAGCUUUUUUUGCUGCAUGCGCAGAAUUCCGGCUAAAUGGUGUCUUUACACCUUUCUGGAAGGGCUGGCGCUUCAGUGAUCCUACAAUAUUCCUUACACCGGAAGCUCUGCAUCACUGGCAUAAGCAAUUCUAUGACCACGACAUGCAAUGGUGCCUUGUAGUUCUUGGAGCGGUGGAAUUUUAUUUCCGGUUCUUGAUAUUGCAACCCAUCACAGGCUAUCGCCACUUCGCCAAUGGAAUCUCCAAAUUGAAACAGGUCACGGGUAGAGUCCACCGUGAUAUACAGCAUUAUAUCGUUGGAGUGAUUGCUGGUGCAGCACCUCGUCGAUUUUCUCCCUCACCUGAUGACAAUGUCCUGGCAUCUAUCGACAGAUCGCUCGCUAUAUUUCACUAUAACAAGAAUGUCGUCAUGACUCUAGGCGCUCGGAUGGGCACAAAGAGAGUCAUCGAUAAUUGGCACAUUCCCAAGCUGGAGCUCAUGCAGAGCAUUACCGCUAGUGUAACCCAAGUCAGCGCCCUCAUACAGUGGUCUGCGGAUGCGACUGAACACGCACACAUCUCCAAAAUCAAGGAUCCAGUGCAGCGCACAAACAACAACGAUUAUGAUCCCCAAAUCUGUCGUCACUUAGAUCGAGCAGAAGGGGACGGGGACUGGGAUGAGGAAGAAAACAGGGCACCAAAGGAUCCACAGACCGCACUUUUAGAAGAACUGAAUCACACACGUACGAGUAGUGUUGCCGCGGCUCCGGCUUCGAGCCCGGCUGCAGCCGAAAUUAAAAUACUUCGUGAUGAGAGUGGCACACAGUUCGAGAAAAUGGCAGGAAAUGGCGGCGAUGAAGUCGGGCUUGGUGCAAAGGUUUCAGAUGUGACAGAAAGCGCUGUUAUUUUUUUCAGCUCUGCAAUGGCUGUCAGGAAGGUGAUCAAUAAUUUUGUUGCCUGUUGUACUCACCUAGCAGGAGGAUUUGAGAAGCCAUGA